AUGAAGGCCGCCCUAUUCCUUUCCGCCCUGGCCUCUGUCGCCGUCAGUGCUGUCGCCGCGGACCCCGCGAAGCUCGAGGUUGACGUGACCGUCCCCGUCAACUGCGAGCGCAAGACCCAGAAGGGAGACAAGGUCUCCAUGCACUACCGCGGUACGCUGCAGGCCAACGGCAAGCAGUUUGAUGCCAGCAUCGACCGUGGCGUCCCCUUCUCUUUCAAGCUCGGUACCGGCCAGGUCAUUAAGGGAUGGGAUCAGGGUCUCCUGGACAUGUGCAUUGGCGAGAAGAGGAAGCUGACUAUCCCUCCCGAGUUUGGCUACGGCCAGCGCGCCAUAGGCCCUAUCCCUGCUGGAUCAACUCUCAUCUUCGAGACGGAGCUCCUUGGCAUCGAUGGCGUCACGAAGCCCGACCCGAUUGACUACGUUACGGUCGAGUCCGAGCCUGCUGAGAAGGCUGCUGAUGACACCGAGAGUGUAGCUGAGGGCGUUGCUGAGAAGCUUGUCAGCGCCGCGUCCGAGGCUACUGAGGCCGUCAAGACGAUUCUCGCCGACACCGACGACGCGGCUCACGAGGAGCUGUAA